AUGUCCUCGGUUGAUCAGGUCGCCUUCAUGCCACGCCCGGCCGGCCCGGUCGAGCGGGCUCGUGAGGAACCAUCGACCACACACACGACAGGCGCUGGAUCGGCUGCUCCAGCUUCCACUCUCCCGCCGCCUGGCUCUGGCUCCAUCAGCAAGCCGCUGUACCCAGCCUCCAACACACGCGCACCCGAGCCUCCCACCGCCUCAGACUCAAGCAAAAAUGCCGAGCUGCAAAAGCCAGAUGCUUCAGAGGCCAAGCCAGUUGCUAAUGCUGCCGACGCCUCGCUUCCAAGCGUCUCAAACCUUGACGCGCCACCACAGCCGCCCAAGGAUUCGAAUGAAGAUGCCAAACCUGCCGCGACCACUGCGUCAGAACCAACUGCCACGGUCGUACCGGCAGCUCCGGCUGCGGUCUCGGCGCUCCUGUCUGCGCCGUCGAUUCCCAAGCCUGUCGAGGUCAAAUCUGUACCCGACACGCCUGCUAAUACCGGCACACCUGCUGGCGGCACACCCCGACCGGUGUUGGACAUUUCGCAAGAGCCCAUCAGCAAGCCCGAAGCCGAGGCCAAGUCUGAUGCCCCGACCUCUGUACCUGAGGUGGCGAAGCCAGAAUCCGCGUCGAAUGGGGCAUCGGCGAAGCCGACGUCGGUUCCUGCGGCGCCUGCCCCUACACCAGCCGCAACGACUGCCAUUCCUGGGCUUUCUGCCACCAAUGGCCAGAAGCGGAAGUUUGAGGAUGAGGCUGAUUCCGCUGAGAAGAAAGCCAAGUUUGAAGAGCCGUCAAAGCCUGCUUCCAAUGGCAAUGCGGAAGCGACUGGUGAGGAUGCGGCUUCAGCGGGAGACUCAGCGCCGGCACCCAGAAAGGUUGGACGUCCCAAGAAGAAGGCGACGCCAGCACCGGUUGGUAGAACGCAACGUAAGACGCGCAGUCAGGGAGCCGUUUAG